UAAAACCUCACCGACUACCUAAGCUCGUGUCUCUGAUUGCAGUUAGCCCAAGAGUUUCGUACGUGGCUUUUCGGAAGGUCCGAGUGUGUCCCGCACGCAGUGUAAUUAUUCGCUGCCACGCAAGUGCGCACCGAUUCGCCGAUAAUAAUCGAGAAAUUGUCGUCUGGCUUUCGGAAUACGUCAAAAACCAUCAUGAAUACCCUCAUAUUGCUGCUCGGUCUGACGACGAUGGCGUACGCACAGUUCAGCAGGUUCACGACUCCGUAUCCUGCACAACCGUCGCAAUAUUAUAAUCCCAAUUAUUACGGCCGGCCUUUCUACGCCAUACUGCGACAAACGCAAGACUCCUCGCCGGACGGAUCGUAUUCUUACAGCUACGACACGGAAAAUGGCAUCUCCGUAGCGGAGACGGGACAGCCGAAGAAUCUUGGGCCGAACCAGAUCGAGGCGGUCAGAGGUCAAUACAGUUACACGGCCCCAGACGGUACUCCGAUUCUGGUCACUUAUACAGCCGAUGAGAACGGCUUUGUGGCGAGCGGCGCUCAUCUGCCGACACCGCCGCCGAUACCAAUAGAGAUACAACGCGCCCUGGCGCAUAAUGCGGCUCAUCCCGAAGAGGAGGAUCCUUACAGGAGAUAUUAGAAAUAGCUACACUAGGAUUGCUCCCAACGCUUUGAUAUAUCGACGUGGAACGACAUGACACCGUUUUUUCUGAUAUCAAUCAUAUUUUUCUGUUAUAUUACUCGUUGUCUACGAGAAAUUCUUUUUUUGAAGAGGGUGAUUUCUUGGCUACUGAUUCCCAAAACGUCAAAAGCAAAAAAACGUAUGUCUUCAUUUUUGAAAAUUGGAAUACUUUUGUCGUAUGGUUGUUCCACGAUCGUUAUAUCGAUGAUCAACCUGUGAGCAGUGCUAGUGUCUACCUUGUGCGUGCAAGACAAGGCACGAUUAGGCGAGACGACGGGACGCGAGAUCGAGGAGUACAAAAGCAAAGUGAGGAUAAGAGAACGAAAGAAAUGAAUUCUUUAUUCGUCAGUCGAUUCAGAAGAGUCCCUUUUAACAAGCAAAUUUUAUACUUAACGAUUACAAAAUUUCGACCAAUAAUGGUUGUAAAUAAAAGCGAAAAAAUUCUCUCGCGAAAUUCUGGAACGUUUCAUUAUUUUAAUUAAAACUUAUUUUCUCCGCUCGGAAUACAUCGGCGCAACGGGGAUUGCUAUUGGAGUGCAACUUGUUCUGCGUCGAUGUCUCAAGAAAUCGCGACACGAGAAGCCGUAAAACCGUUCUGUAAUUUAUGCACGGCCGAUAAUACGACUGCCAUCAAAGAGAUAAAAUAAAAUGUUGGACAGAAUUAUUGUACAUUGCAUGCGCUAUGCGCGGCAUGCUAUGUUCAGUGAAGUUCAGCAUUAUUAUAUAAGAUGACACGAUAGUAUCUUAAAUAUGAAUUACGCAAGACCGCCUUGCCUUAUUCAAGAAAGAUCAAUAUAUUACGGGAGUUUAUGUUGAGCGGCGCAAUUUGCGGAUCGAAUUAUUUCUUUAUCUCUAUAACGAUGAGACUUAAUCUGAAAAUUUACGUUUAUAAUAGACCCGUAAAUAAAUAAUAUUACGGUGCGUAAUGCACGUCCCAAUUAACCGGAAUUCGUACUCGUUCUUGAGAAUUUCGCUCGUCGCCUGAACGUGCCUUAAACCCUGAACAGUAUAAACAGCACUCGUGCGAGCAUACGAAAUUCUGUGUACCUUGGAGCAACAAGCAUGUGUAUCGCGCGGAGUUCGGAAAUUAACUUUGUCGGCUUGUAUAAAAUUUGCAGGUGAAACGAUAAUCUCUUAUACUUAUAUAAAUUUAAGAAUUGAAAUUUUCCGUCAGAAUUCUGUUAUGCUGUUCAGGGUUAGCCGACUAAUCAACGAUAUUCCGGAUGUUUCUGGAAGACUUGCCGAAAUACGAAGUGUACCGCUUCGCUUUACUUUGAUCCUAACACGAAGAGAUUACGUCCAACUGACGAUCGUGCGAUCGAGGCCCUGCGUGUCCCUCGCGAGCGUCUCGCGCCUCCACGUUCUCCGCUCGGCGAGAAGCGGCGGAGACGGUUGGAAGGAGCGGAAUCGCGGUGCAGGUGCCCGAUGCGACAAUAUGUCAUAUCAUAAUUGUGCUGUAAUGUAUCAUGCUAUGGCUAUUAAAUCGUUUAAUUGCGCAUGCUUCUCCGCGUAUUCUGAGUAUCACGUGCCCAUAAUUACAACGCGUCGUCGAGGUAUUCAGGUAUUAAAGGGUUCGCUCUCGUCCUGUGCCUUUAACACGAUUUUUAACAAAACCCGGGCAUGAAUGCCGUACAAUAAUAAUAAAUUAUUUUAAUACGCAAGAUAGACUAUCCUUUUGUUCAGCAAUAAUAAUGUUAAUUUAUAACAA